AUGACUAUGAAUGUGACUUUAUUUUUAAUAUUGAGUCUCGUCCCUUGUGUUUUGGCUGAUGGUUGGGAGGAUUUUACGAAUAAUCUUGCGACGGAUUUGGCCCCCUUGAUUACCUUGUUCGGCGAACGUCUUACGAAACAAUUUCUCUCCGAGUCAACAAGUCUAGUUGACAAUUUCAUCUUCGCUCUUUCACCACUAGGAGUGUUGACAGCAGUAGUAUCUGUGAUCCGCAUCUGUGGCAGUUCUUCUCUUCGAGCAUUUGUCGGUCGAGCCCAGGAGGGACCUGCUGAAGCCGAGGGCGAGCUGUUACCAUGUGUUUCGGAGUCCACAGCUGAACUCUUCAAUGAUGGCGGAAUCUCCAGGGUAUUUGGCCGGCCCCGUAUCGUGGAGAUCGUUGCAUGGGAGAAUGAAGAUAAAAACACAGGAGAGAAGUCAAUAGAGAUUGGAACUCUGCGUGAUGCGCUCGCGACAGGAGCCUGGUCAUGCAAGGGCUCCGGGGUCGAUCUGGUCGACAUCAAAGAUCCUAAUUAUAUGCCAGAGAUGGAUAUUCCGAAUCUGUCCUUGAACAAAGGGAUUAAACAAAAAGAUACGUUUUGGUUUUAUGCCGCUGCUGUAUUGGGUGCUAUCCUUCAGAUAGGAGCUCUAUUAUACGCAGCCCUGACUGUGUUUGUGUUUCCGAAGUCGUUUACGGUUAAUGGAGGUCCUGUCGACAGUUAUGCAUUUCCAUUUUACCUCACUGGAACAACGCUGCUCUUCAUGGGAAUGUUCUACUGUGCCGUCAUUAUUGAGCGAUCAUCCAAAGAACACUAUUUCAAGCCAGCGAAGCCUAGCAAACUAUAUUGGCUACAACCAGGUGAUCAGGAUGUCGGAGAUCAAGUGUUUAACUUAUUCCUUGCAGUCAAAGAAGGGUCAGACGGUUCCAUGACAAAAAAGCUGCGCUACAUCAAAUCGAGAAGAGUCAUGAAAUAUGACAAGAGAUACGUCGAAGUCUAUACAACGCUACUUAUGACCCUGUUGGGGUUCAUUUUCCAGUUCAUCGGUGAGAGAGGUCUCCAUUCAUCUGUGAUCUUAGCCCAACUGGGCUCAACCUUCGCCAUGUCAGUUCUCCGAACAAUUCUUCGAACCGAACGAAUGAGCCAAGAGGAAAACAUGUUACGAGAUGAGAGAGAGCUCGUAGCACGAAAGCAACAAGAGCUGGACUCCUUCGCUUUCUACCUUGAGCAAGUCCAGUCAUUCAACCUUAUCACUUCAUUGCCUGAUAAUGUCCCUCCGAAUGAAAUAUCUGACAAAAGUCUGGCAAAACAUGUCAUUAAGACUAGGGCGCGACUCGCUGAUCUCACCAAGGGUGAAAACAGCCGUGGCUGGGAUAGCCUUCCAAUCCGCAAGGUGGCGCAGAAUCUCGCCAAGACAAUUGAGACCACGAUGGAUCUGAUGUCUAGUUGGGGUUUCAAAUUUGAUAAAGAGUUUGAGUUCCCGCUUUACUUUGAAUGCAAAUCUUCUUCAUCAACGUCAGCCUCUACCAUAUUCGGGGCCCAUUCCAUUAGACUUCGGAGGCUCGGAGAUGCUCUCAGGUGGAGAGUGGUAGAUGCCGAUGGCCUUGCAACGACAAGCGAGUUAGAGGCUAUUAUCGGUCUCUGGACAUGGUCAUUAUGCAAAUCAGAUGACGAAUGGCACAAACCGUUUAGUCGUAUGGUCGGUCUCAGUGAGCCAGAAGCCGAAUCGCCAGGGGCGUACCUUUAUUUCCAUAAAUGGAUCUUUCGACAGACCGAAGCCACAUUAGUUACAAGAAAAAUGGUCGAUAUCCCAAGACGCUUAUUUGGCCAUGACUCCAAAACUUAUCCCAACGAGAGAGAUAUUCUUGUUAUGAAGACCAGUAGUGAGUUGGAGGUCAUGGCUGCCCAAGAUGUGUAUAUCCGAUUUCUGGCAGCUAUUUUCUCCAAAGUGGAGGAGCUGGGUGGUGAGGUUCAUAUGGUAGCUGGCCUACAAAAUACUUGGAUAGCGCAACACACUCGAGUGGACGACUUGGCACAUUGUUUUGAAGACAAAAAAUUGGGGUCAAGAGAAGAUGCACUGCUUUGCAUAGUGCCUUCUCUGAAGCGUGCUGAGAUUUUACCAAGGCUGACAGGAGAUUGCUCCAAUGUGAGAAAACAAAUUGAGAAAAUGAUUCAGGGAGAUGAUUGGGAUUCUGCAUUCUCGCUCCUCAUUUGGAUUUGCCAGCGGUCAGAAGGUGAUGAAUUCGAAUUAUCGAUGUUGAGUAUUGGAUACCUUUGCCGACGUGCGAUGUUCCAUAAUAGCAAAACCAUCCGCGAAGAAGGAAUAAAGCAUGCCAGAACCCUACUACAGGCAGACCUGAGGAUUCCCUUUUUCCAGGACAGAAACUACCUUGACUUUUCAAACUGGGUCAUGGAAACAUAUCAAGCCGACCUGUGGAAUAAGGUCGUCCUUGAAUUUGGCUGGAUGUGCUGGCACAUAUCAGCUAGUUCACCAGGUAUGCAAUCAAUGCAGCGGAUACUUGCAACCCUCAGUAUAUCGGGAGAGUUAGAGCCAGACCCAAGCUCAACCCUUAAUGAACAAGAGACCGAGCUUGGACUUCGGAUGAUGAAGGCUCAUCUCACGGUGAAGGUGCCAAACUACUCAGAUGAACUCCUUGAACAUGAUUUUGUACACCUAUGUGAACUGGCUCUUGGUACAGGAAAAGAGGAACUGACCUACUGGAUGAUGGUACGACUAGUUGAGCUAGGCAAGGAGAAUUCCGAAUACCUUGUCAAUGCGUGGACCCUAGCUGGCAAAACUUCGGUGGAAGGGAUCCCUGAGAUUCUGCAGUUUCAUGAGGCAGACAUUGAUUCUACAAAUGAAGAAGGCCGUUCGGCUCUCAUUAACCAUAUUAUAAAUCCCGACUUGGAGGCUAUAAAAAAGCUGCUCGAAUAUGGGGCUAGUCCAGAUGGAAUUGAAGAGGCUUCUCGAAUGCGACCACUUCUCAUUGCGGCGGUUCAGGGUCGUAAUGAUAUCCUGGAACUGCUGCUCAGGUGUGGUGCAAACGUUGAAGUUGCGGAUCACCAAAUGGGACUUUCGGCCUUGCACCAUGCCUGUUCUAGUGAUAAUCUGGAAGCGACUAGGAUGCUUUUAGCUUACGGUGCGGAUGUCCAUACUUCCGGCCCACAAAGGAUGACACCAUUACACUUCGCGAUAAGAAACAAAAACCUUGAAAUGAUCAACUUGCUUCUGGAGCAUGGAGCAAACAUUCAUGACCAGGAUGGCCGUGGCGAUACUGCUUUUAUGACCGCCGUGAGAGUAGAAUCUGUUGAUGUUAUGCGUCUAUUGGUGAAGUGGGGAGCUGUUAUUACUACCAGGAACUUCUCGAAUUUGGAUGCAUUGGAUACGGCGAGAAUUGAUGGCUUCACUGAAGGUAUACAAAUGCUGGAAGCCCUGUUAGGUCUCGCGGCGGAUGCCAAUUAA